AUGACCUGCAAUUUACUUUCAAUGACCGCUUGGUCUCGGAAUAUUCUACAGAUGUUUGGGCCCACGAGGUCAAAUAACGCUCCAUUAGGCAAUCUAUGUACUCGGCACUUCACUUUCACCAGUGACUUGAGUCUCGUCCCUGCUUUGGAAUUCACAGUGCUAAAGUGUUGGGAUCCGCAAGUGGGGCGAGAUGCUCUGGCUUUGCUGGCAACAGAAACACGCCAGGAAGGCGCUUGGGAAGGCUCUAGGGUAGCCCUCAUCGCUGUUGAAGUUGUUCGUCUGGCGAAAGGCCUGCAUUUUGGGAAUCCUGCGAUCCCCGGCGAGGCGGGUGUCCGGGAAGGGUGA